AUGUCAUAUAUCAAUGAACCACAAAAUUCGAAUAUGAAUAAGACUGGAGCGCAUUUUUCUGCAAAAAGUAUAUAUGAGGAUGCUUUAAAAGCUAGAACUCCAUCGCCUGGGAGAGAUUAUUCAGAUUUAUUGCAUGAUACAUCUUCAAAUAAGUGAUACCCAGAACUGGGUGAAUCUGAAGAAGAGAGCGAUAAAGAGUCUCCGAGUGGAUCUCCUAAUGAAUUUGGUGAAAAAGAUAUUGAAAUUAGGGUAAAACUUCUGGAAAAACAAGUUAGAGAGCUGGAGAUAGAACUUUCAAAAUCUAAAUCUGAGUCAAAUUUUGCCCAUGCGCAGUUAUACUAAUUAAUAAGACAGUUUUAUAAAAAAAUAAAUAAUUUUUUAUUUGUUUAAAAAAAUUAAUUUACAAUAUUCAGUAAAAAAUGCAUAGAUAUAAUCAAAAGAGAAAAAGAAUUGCAUGUAUCUCAACAUGCUAAAGAAAAAUUAAAUUGGGAAAGAGACCUAAGAGAGCUACAAGAAAGGCUUAUACAAGAAAGAAAACAAUUUAAUGAUGAAGCCUCUGAUAUUAAUAGACUUACUUACUUAAUUAGUUAUACACGCUUAACGUCCAAUACCACAUCACCCGCACGAGCUUCCAUCCUGCUUCUGGGUUUCCCCGCUCCACCAAAAUGUCGUGCUUCCACCUGGCUUCAAGGCUGAAUGGUCCCAUCGGCUUCGGCGUUCGGAUUUCGACGGCUGUCCUCCCGGCUCUCGGGCAUACCAACUUGGGUCCGUCCGGCACCCUAAAGGUCCCAGUCUCCACCGCCUGGGGUUGGUGGCAUCCUUCCAGAAAAUUCGAAUUCCCUGAGGGACAGGAGUCCUGUGUCGCGCACCGCAGAAACUUAAAAUCCUGUCAUAGCUGGGAUAAAUUCGCUGGGGAAAGCCAAACCUCAUAACAAAAAAUUGAAGAAGAAAAUUUUCUGUCGGGAGACCAGAAAAUUCGAAUGAUGCCAUUUUUUGAUUAUCUGAUAUUAAUAGACAACUGCAAGAAAUGCAGAUUAGCUUUAGAACGCUAAAAGCAAAAAAGGAGCAGCAAGCUGAAGCGUUUAAAAAUAGAAUAAGAGAAGAUGAAGAAAGGUUUAUUGAGGUCGUCAGAGAAAAAGACAAAAAAAUAGAAAAAUUGAUACAACAAAUUGAAGAAUUAGCUCAGCAGCCGAGAAUCAGAGCUGCUAAAAGCGAAGAUAAAUUAAAAAUAGAACCUAACUCCCCCCCCCCCUCCGUGAGCGAACAAAACCAUUAGAAAAAUCGCCAUUUUUUGACCAAAAACCCACCCUCCGUGAGUGAACAAAAAUCUUUUAAUAGAAAAAAUUUUAAUGGAAAAAAAUUUUGAUAUAUAAGUGAUAAUUAGUAUAAUGAAAUCUAGAGCUAAUUCUGUUUAAUUUUAAAUAAAUUGCGUUUUAAAACAUAAAUUUUGCAAAUUAAAUUAAUAUUUGCUUCCCAAUUUUUGCAAAUUAGGAUUUUUUUAAAUUUCGAAAAAAAUAUUUUUUAUAAAAUUUAUAUAUAAAUUUUUUUUAAAAAAAAAAAAUUAACCCCCCUCCGUGAGCGAACAAAAUUUUUUUGUUCGCUCACGAGGGGGGGGGGGGAGUAAGAAAAAAAAGCCAGUUAAAAAAAUAUUAAAACCACAACCUUUAAGCCCAUCACGCUCAAGAGGAAAUGGAAAACAAAAAUAUAUAUCAGAAAUAAGCCAUAUGAUUGUUGCUUUAGAAAAAGAGCAAGCAGAACUAAAACAGAAAGUAAAAGAUCUCGAAUAUGACUCUGGGAUGGAAAGGGACAGGAGAAAACUAAAAGAACUUAUUAAGAGAAACGAAGAAAGAUUAAAUGAAGCAAUCGCAAUACAAGAAGAAAUGGUGAAAGUCAAAUUUCUAAGUGCAGACUUAGAUUAUUCGUAA